AUGCGAGGUAUCUACACAGCUCCCUCGGGCCUGGAGUCCACUUGUCUGGUCGUGGCGUACGGUUUGGACAUUUACCAGACUCGUGUCUACCCGUCCAAACAGUUCGACGUCCUGAAGGAUGACUAUGACUACGUGCUCAUCAGCAGUGUCCUCUUUGGCCUGGUCUUUGCCACCAUGAUCACAAAGAGGCUGGCGCAGGUCAAACUCCUGAACCGUGCCUGGCGAUGA